AUGACUGUUGAUUAUAUACCACCCCAGAAAUCCUAUUCCAAUGGAAAGUUAUCUAUUGAUAAGCUUGAUUUACCAGAGGCUCAUAUUAUUCAUGGUCGUGAAUUCCCAGUUGCUUAUGCUUUGAACUUGAAUGAUCAUGAGUACAAUAGAGAUGAAGUUGAAGAGUUCUUAACUAGUUUAUCCCAAAAGGGGGUCAUUACUCAAUUGAUAGAAAAUCAUGGUGUGUUUGUUCUUAGAGAUUCAGUUGAAAACUCUGAUGAAUCAAAAGCUGCUGAAGUUGCAUCAAUCAUUCGUCAUAUUGAAGAAGGUAGAAAUCAAGUUCAAUUUGAACAAAAUGGUACUUUAACUACAAGAGAUAAAAAGGGGUUUAAUCUAUACACUGCAAAUAAAUCACCACCAGAGUCUGUAAUCUUGCAACAUAAUGAAUUUUCUAGAUUUAAAAGGUAUCCAAACUCUUUGGUUUUUUCUAUAUUGGAAUACACAGCUACAGGUGGUGAAACUCCUUUAGUUCAUGGUGGUGAAUUGUAUGAAAAGGUUGCUAAAGAGUUACCACAGUUCUUAGAAAAAUUAUCCCAAACUGGGUUACAAUUCAAUAAUGAAAUUUGGUAUAAAGAUGAAUCUGAAAGAGCUUAUUGGAAUCAUGAAGUUACAUUUGGUAGAAAUAUAAAACCUGAAGAUGAUUUUGAAACCAAAAAGAAAAAAGCACUUAAGAUUGCUCAUGAAUACAUUUCUGAUAAUGCUUGGUUUGAUGAAGAUGAUAAUUUGUUAGCUUCUUCUAAAACAUGGCCUGUUAAAACUUUUAAAGAUGAGCCAUUAUUGUUCAGUUCCAUUGCAGCGUUUAGUGACAAAUAUACCACUGAUGAACCAAAGAUUAAAUAUGGUGAUGGGACCGUUUUCUCCAAAGAAGACUUGAACAAAUAUAAAAAAAUCACUGAAGAAUUGGAAUACAAACAUAAUUGGAAAAGUGGUGAUAUUGUUUUCAUUCAUAAUUAUCAAGUCAGUCAUGGUAAAUUACCUUAUAAAGAUGGUAAGAGAUCUACACUUGUUGGGAUGUGGGAUGUUCAAGAUCAUACUAAACAACCUUUCAAGAACUUUCAAGUUGAGAAAUCUGAUCUGGAAUCAGUCAAUUCCAACUUGGAAGCUUUGAAAGUUUAA